AUGGCCGGAUCCGCCUCCGCCAGGUCCGCCGCGCCCGCGCCGCGACCGCCACCACCGGGUACCGCCGCCGCCUCCUCCACGCUGAGGCCCGGGCUCACGCCGGAGGAGGCCGCCGCCGGCGGAUCUGGCUCCGCCCCGGCGCAUCCCCUCCAUGCCGAGGCCCGAGGCCGCGGCGGAGGAGGCCACCGGCGGCAGAUCCGGCUCCCCACUGUCCCCUCCAUGCUGCACCGAAAGAGCCCACGCUCGGAGGCGGCUAGGCCACCGCCAAGCCUCAUCCCACGCGCCGCCGCUGUUGCCCGGGACGCCGGCGGCACGUUCCUAGGGUGCGGGUGGCCCGAGUUCACCGACGCGCACAGCUUCGGCGCCGGGUGGUUCCUCGUGUUCCGGCAUGAAGCUGGUCGUGGCGUGCUGACCGUCAAGGCCUUCGACACUACCUGCUGCCUCCGAGAGUUCAGCCGCCCAAUCAGUGUUGUUGGCUUGUUGCAUUGUUCAUGGCACGGACGCCUAACAAUUCACUAUCAUUCAUCAUCGCUAGCUGCGAACCACGGCGGCGGGAGCGGCGGUUCUCACAGGCCGCAGUUCAUCAAUGGCAUCCCUCCCAAAUUUGUCAAGAACUACAUCUCUGAACUCGAGAUGGGAAGCUCGGUUACCGUCCUCCUUAGCCCUCUGUACAAAUUCUGCCGUGUUACUGUCGAGAAGGAUCAAUCAUCAGGUAACCUUUUCUUCUCCGGUGGCUGGUCCCGGUUCCUGGCGUCCAACGGCAUCACGGAAUAUGAUGUCCUGCUGCUUGGGUACGAGGGAAACAUGGUGUUCACCAUCAAGGUGUUUGGACCUGACGGCUGCCAGAAAGGUUGCAAGGACCAGGGCACCAGUAGCAAGGAACAAGAGCAGAGUGCAUUUGCCGAUACUAAGACGGAAGAGGAAGACCCUCCAUCUUCCAGUAGGAAAUGCAAGGGCAUGGAGAAGAAGCCAGGUGGUGAAAAGAAUUCCAAGAGGCCUACAAGUCCCAUAACUUCGUCGAACAAAGCACCAUUAUCAAUGAAUAGGCCAGUCUACAAGGUUGGACCACCAUCCUGGAUAAAGAAGGAGACCAGCGGCUCUACACUUUGGAAACGCCUUUCUGUUCCGCGGAAUUUCUGCAAGGCGAUCGGGCUUUGGAGGACGUCCGAGGUCACGCUCAGGACAACGGCGGACAAGGAUCAUGGCCACAGGUCAUGGCAGGUGGGCUUUCUGUUAUACGAGAAUCGCAAUUCUGGCAAACUCACUCGGGGUUGGAGGAGGUUCUGCACGGACAACAUGAUAAAGGAAGGAGAUAUCUGCACCUUCAACGUCAUCGAGAACACAUUGUGGCACGUCAACAUCACGCGUCAUUGUGAGGACCAGGGCACCAUUAGCAAUGAGCUAGAGCGGAGUGAUAAAACGCCAUUAUCAGAUACGGAAAAGGAAGAUGUUCCAUCUUCCAGUAGGAAACGCAAGUGCGAGGACAAGAAGCCAGACGGUGAAGAGAAUUCCAAGAGGACAAAAGGUCCUACAACUUCAUUGAAUGAGGCCCCAUCAUCAAUUGUCUACGAGAUCGGACCACCAUCCUGGUUGAAGAGGGAGAUCAGCGCCCAUAUGCUCUCGGAUCAACUGUAUGUUCCGAGGAAUUUUUACAAGGCGAUCGGGCUUUACAGGGCCUCUGACAUCACGCUCAGGACUACGGCGAAUGAGGAUCAUGGCCUCAGGUCAUGGCAGGUGCGCUUCUUGGUGAUCGGAAUCGUGGCACGCUCACUCGGGGCUGGAGGAUGUUCUGGGCGGACAACAUGAUCAAGGAAGGUGACAUCUGCACCUUCAACAUCAUCAAACCCAUGCUAUGGCACGUCGACAUCAUGCGUCACAGCUAAGCCAUGUGUAUUUGGCAUCAGUUGGUCAUGUAUGAAAUGAUGCUGCCUAAUCUUAUUCAUGACUUUUUGGUCAAAAA